UUUCCAUGGGAUAAAGCCGCGGUCUGCGGAAUCUUCCCAUCUUAUGGCAUGAUCCCUUGUGUGCUACAUUUGACAUUGUUGGCAAAAUGGAGGAAGGAAGGUCAGACUGUGUCUGGAAGUAUCCCGCUUCAUUUUAUAAGGUCAACAUCCUGACUCAACUGCAUCUAUCUAAUGUCGUAGGAUGAAACUUGAAGGAGAUUCUUGAGCAGCCACAGAGAAAAGGCAUGACCAAGUAGAGCAAAGGAGGGACUGCUGAGGAGGCGACAGCUGGUAUAAAAGAGGCUUCCCCAGACCACUCCAGCAACCGAGGGGCACAGAGCAAAGGUCGUGCCAUCACCUAUUAUAACAACUGACAUUUUCCUCUGGAAAGCAGGAAAAAGUAAAGUGCCAACAUGGGAGAUGCAGAGAUGGAGUGCUUUGGCGAGGCGGCCAUCUACCUCCGCAAGAGAGAGAGGGAGCGCAUUGAGGCCCAGAACGCACCGUUUGAUGCCAAAACAGCCUUCUUUGUGGCUGAAAAGGAUGAGAUGUACCUAAAAGGUGUUCUUGAGAAAAGAGAGGGCAGCAAAGCCACUGUUAAAACUCUCUGUGGGAAAAUUCUCACUGUCAAGGAGGAUGAAAUCCAUCCCAUGAAUCCUCCAAAGUUCGAUAAAAUUGAGGACAUGGCCAUGAUGACCCACCUCAGUGAACCAACUGUGCUGUACAACCUCAAAGAGCGUUAUGCAGCAUGGAUGAUCUAUACCUACUCUGGGCUGUUCUGCGUCACUGUGAACCCCUACAAGUGGCUCCCAGUGUACGAUGCUGUGGUUGUAGCUGGGUACAGAGGCAAGAAGAGAGUUGAAGCUCCACCCCACAUCUUCUCCAUCUCUGAUAAUGCCUAUCAGUUCAUGCUUCAAGAUCGUGAAAAUCAGUCUAUCUUGAUCACUGGAGAAUCUGGUGCAGGGAAGACUGUCAACACCAAGCGUGUCAUCCAGUACUUUGCAACAAUUGCGGUGGCUGGAGGAUCAAAGAAAGCUGAGGCCACCUCUGGCAAAAUGCAGGGGUCACUAGAGGAUCAGAUCAUUGCAGCCAACCCUCUGCUGGAGGCCUAUGGUAAUGCCAAGACUGUGAGGAAUGACAACUCCUCCCGUUUUGGUAAAUUCAUCAGAAUCCAUUUUGGCACAACUGGCAAACUGGCCUCUGCUGAUAUUGAGACAUAUCUACUGGAGAAGUCCAGAGUGACAUUCCAGUUGUCUGCUGAGAGGAGCUACCACAUCUUCUACCAGCUCUGCACUGGACACAAGGCUGAGCUGAUUGAUGCCCUUCUUAUCACCACCAACCCAUAUGAUUUCCCAAUGAUCAGCCAAGGUGAAAUCACUGUAAAGAGUAUCAAUGAUGUGGAAGAACUCAUAGCUACAGAUACGGCUAUUGAUAUCUUGGGUUUCACUGCUGAGGAGAAAAUGGGCAUCUACAAGCUGACUGGUGCUGUGAUGCAUCAUGGGGCCAUGAAGUUCAAGCAGAAGCAGAGAGAGGAGCAGGCUGAGCCUGACGGCACUGAGAUUGCUGAUAAAAUCGCCUACCUCUUGGGCCUGAACUCUGCUGACAUGCUGAAGGCUCUGUGCUACCCCAGAGUGAAGGUUGGAAAUGAGUAUGUGACCAAGAGCCAGACUGUACCACAGGUCAACAAUGCUGUCAGCGCUCUGUGUAAGUCAAUCUAUGAGAAGAUGUUCUUGUGGAUGGUUGUCCGUAUCAAUGAGAUGCUGGACACAAAGCAGCCAAGGCAGUUCUUCAUUGGUGUGCUGGACAUUGCUGGAUUUGAGAUCUUUGAUUUUAACAGCUUGGAACAGCUGUGCAUCAACUUCACCAAUGAGAAACUGCAACAGUUCUUCAAUCACCACAUGUUUGUGCUGGAGCAAGAGGAAUACAAGAAAGAAGGAAUUGACUGGGAGUUCAUUGACUUUGGUAUGGACCUGGCUGCCUGCAUUGAGCUUAUUGAGAAGCCAAUGGGCAUCUUCUCCAUCCUUGAAGAGGAGUGCAUGUUCCCCAAGGCCUCAGACACUACCUUCAAGAACAAGCUGUAUGACCAGCAUCUUGGCAAAACCAAAUGCUUUGAGAAACCCAAACCAGUAAAGGGCAAACCAGAGGCUCACUUCUCCCUGGUGCACUAUGCCGGCACUGUGGACUACAACAUCAAUGGCUGGCUGGACAAGAAUAAGGACCCACUGAACGACUCGGUGGUGCAGCUGUACCAGAAGUCUGCAGUGAAACUGUUAUGUCUUCUGUAUGCAUCUCAUGCUGGUGCUGAAGCUGAUGGUGGUGCCAAGAAGGGAGGCAAGAAGAAGGGUGGUUCCUUCCAGACGGUGUCUGCUCUGUUCAGGGAGAACUUGGGCAAGCUGAUGACCAACUUGAGGAGCACUCAUCCUCACUUUGUGCGCUGCUUGAUUCCCAAUGAGUCAAAGACACCAGGUCUGAUGCAGAACUUCCUGGUCAUCCACCAGCUCAGGUGUAAUGGUGUGCUGGAGGGUAUCAGAAUCUGCAGAAAGGGCUUCCCCAGCAGAAUCCUUUAUGCUGACUUCAAGCAGAGAUACAAAGUAUUGAAUGCCAGCGUUAUCCCGGAUGGUCAGUUCAUUGAUAACAAAAAGGCUUCAGAGAAACUCUUGGGCUCUAUUGAUGUUGACCAAACUCAGUACAAGUUUGGACACACUAAGGUGUUCUUCAAAGCUGGUCUGCUGGGUACCCUUGAGGAGAUGCGAGAUGAUAAAUUGGCAACUCUGGUCACAAUGACUCAGGCCCUCUGCCGUGGAUAUGUCAUGAGAAAGGAGUUUGUGAAGAUGAUGGAAAGGAGAGAGGCUAUCUAUAGUAUACAGUACAACAUCCGCUCAUUCAUGAAUGUGAAAACCUGGCCAUGGAUGAAGCUGUACUUCAAGAUCAAGCCUCUUCUGAAGAGUGCUGAAACUGAGAAAGAAAUGGCAGCAAUGAAGGAGAACUAUGAGAAAAUGAAAGUGGACCUCGAAAAAGCCUUGUCCAAGAAGAAGGAACUUGAAGAGAAGAUGGUCACUAUACUGCAAGAGAAAAAUGAUCUGCAAUUAGCUGUGGCAGCUGAAUCUGAGGGCCUCUCAGAUGCUGAGGAGAGAUGUGAGGGUCUCAUUAAGAGCAAAAUCCAGCUGGAGGCCAAACUCAAAGAGACGACCGAGAGGCUGGAGGAUGAGGAGGAGAUCAACGCUGAGCUGACUGCCAAGAAGAGGAAACUGGAGGAUGAGUGCUCUGAGCUGAAGAAAGACAUUGAUGACUUGGAGCUCACUCUGGCUAAAGUGGAGAAAGAGAAACAUGCCACAGAAAACAAGGUUAAAAACCUGACUGAGGAGAUGGCCUCUCAAGAUGAAGUCAUUGCUAAAUUAUCCAAGGAGAAGAAAGCCCUCCAAGAGGCACACCAGCAGACUCUGGAUGACCUUCAAGCAGAGGAAGACAAAGUCAACACUCUGACGAAAGCAAAGGCCAAGCUUGAACAACAAGUGGAUGAUCUGGAAGGGUCAUUGGAGCAAGAAAAGAAGCUUCGAAUGGAUCUUGAGAGAGCCAAGAGAAAGCUUGAGGGUGACCUGAAACUGGCCCAGGAAUCCAUAAUGGAUCUGGAGAAUGACAAGCAGCAGUCUGAAGAAAAGAACAAGAAGAAAGACUUUGAAAUUAGUCAACUUCUGGGGAAGGUUGAAGAUGAACAGACAAUGGGAGCUCAGCUUCAGAAGAAGAUUAAGGAACUCCAGGCUCGCAUUGAAGAACUGGAGGAAGAGAUUGAAGCUGAGCGUGCUGCUCGGGCUAAAGUUGAGAAGCAGAGAGCUGAUCUCUCCAGAGAACUUGAGGAGAUCAGUGAGAGGCUUGAGGAGGCUGGUGGGGCCACUUCUGCUCAGAUUGAGAUGAACAAGAAGCGGGAGGCAGAGUUCCAGAAGCUGCGUCGUGAUCUUGAAGAGUCCACCCUGCAGCAUGAAGCUACUGCCGCUGCUCUCCGCAAGAAGCAGGCUGACAGUGUGGCUGAACUGGGCGAGCAGAUCGACAACCUGCAGCGUGUCAAGCAGAAGCUGGAGAAGGAGAAGAGUGAAUACAAAAUGGAGAUCGAUGACCUCUCCAGUAACAUGGAGGCUGUUGCAAAAUCCAAGGCAAACCUUGAGAAGAUGUGCAGAACUUUGGAGGACCAACUCAGUGAAAUCAAAACUAAGAAUGAUGAAAAUGUACGUCACUUAAAUGACUUCAGUGUACAAAAAGCAAGACUUCAAACAGAAAAUGGUGAGAUGGGCCGCCAGCUUGAGGAAAGAGAGUCCCUUGUAUCUCAACUGACCAGAAGCAAGCAAGCUUACACUCAGCAGAUUGAGGAGCUGAAAAGGCAAAUGGAGGAGGAAGUCAAGGCCAAGAACGCCCUGGCUCAUGCUGUCCAAUCAGCUCGUCAUGACUGUGACAUGCUCAGAGAGCAGUAUGAGGAGGAGCAGGAGGCCAAGGCUGAGCUGCAGCGUGGAAUGUCCAAGGCCAACAGCGAGGUGGCUCAGUGGAGAUCUAAAUAUGAAACUGAUGCCAUCCAACGCACUGAGGAGCUGGAGGAGGCCAAGAAAAAACUUGCCCAGCGUCUCCAAGAUGCUGAAGAGUGCAUUGAGGCUGUGAACGCCAAGUGUGCCUCUCUGGAGAAGACCAAGCAGAGACUCCAGGGUGAAGUGGAGGACCUCAUGAUUGAUGUAGAGAGAGCAAACGCACUGGCUGCCAACCUUGACAAGAAACAGAGAAACUUUGACAAAGUUCUGGCAGAAUGGAAGCAGAAGUAUGAGGAGGGCCAGGCUGAGCUGGAAGGUGCUCUGAAAGAGGCUCGCUCUCUCAGCACUGAGCUCUUCAAGAUGAAGAACUCCUAUGAAGAGACUCUGGAUCACCUGGAGACCCUGAAGAGGGAGAACAAGAACCUGCAACAGGAAAUAUCAGACUUGACUGAGCAACUGGGUGAGGCAGGAAAAACCAUCCAUGAGCUGGAAAAGUCCAAGAAGACAGUAGAAGCAGAAAAAUGUGAAAUCCACACUGCACUUGAAGAGGCAGAGGCAACUCUUGAGCAUGAAGAGUCCAAGAUUCUUCGUGUCCAGUUGGAGCUCACACAGGUCAAGAGUGAGAUUGACAGGAAGCUGGCUGAGAAGGAUGAGGAGAUUGAGCAGAUCAAGAGGAACAGCCAGAGGGUGAUUGACACCAUGCAGAGCACUCUAGAUUCUGAAAUCAGGAGCAGAAAUGAUGCCCUGAGAAUCAAGAAGAAGAUGGAGGGAGACCUCAAUGAGAUGGAGAUUCAGCUCAGCCAUGCAAAUCGCCAGGCAGCUGAAGCUCAGAAACAGCUGAGGAAUGUUCAGGGACAGCUCAAGGAUGCCCAACUGCACCUUGAUGAAGCUCUCAGAGGACAAGAGGAUAUGAGAGAGCAGGUUGCCAUGGUGGAGCGCAGGAACACCCUAAUGCUGGCUGAGAUUGAGGAGCUGAGAGUUGCCCUGGAGCAGUCAGAGAGAGGCCGCAAAGUGGCUGAGCAGGAGCUGGUGGAUGCCAGUGAGCGUGUAACGCUUCUCCACUCCCAGAACACUAGUCUUAUCAAUACCAAGAAAAAGCUGGAGGCUGAUCUAGUUCAAAUCCAAGGGGAGGUAGAAGACACGGUCCAAGAAGCCAGGAAUGCAGAGGAAAAGGCCAAGAAAGCCAUAACGGAUGCUGCCAUGAUGGCUGAGGAAUUGAAGAAGGAGCAGGACACCAGUUCUCACCUGGAGAGGAUGAAGAAGAACCUGGAGGUCACAGUCAAAGACCUGCAGCACCGUUUGGAUGAGGCUGAGAACCUGGCCAUGAAGGGUGGCAAGAAACAACUCCAGAAACUGGAGUCUAGGGUGCGUGAACUGGAAGGUGAGGUUGAGGCUGAACAGAGACGUGGAGCUGAAGCUAUUAAAGGUGUCCGCAAAUAUGAGAGGAGAGUGAAGGAGCUCACAUAUCAGACUGAAGAAGACAAGAAGAAUGUAACCAGGCUUCAGGAUCUGGUAGAUAAGCUACAGCUGAAAGUGAAGGCCUACAAGAGACAGGCUGAGGACGCUGAGGAGCAGGCCAACACUCACUUGUCCAGACACAGGAAGGUGCAGCAUGAGCUUGAGGAGGCUCAGGAACGUGCUGACAUCGCUGAGUCCCAGGUCAACAAGCUGAGGGUCAAGAGUCGUGAACUUGGCAGGGGCAAGGAGGCUGAAGAGUGAAGACUGAAAUUGGCUAUUAAUGUCACACCUGAACCCAUAAAAUAUGAUUCACUUGUAAAUGGCUUUGAUCAAUAAAAUAGUUCGAAAUUUCAGUAAAUGUUGUGUUUGAUUGUUAUUUAUCUGUCCUAUAAGUAAAUCAAGAUAGCACGGUUUGUAGCCUGAAUGCCUUGUCACUGCACUCU